UGUCGGCGUGCUUGCAUGCGUGGGUGGGUGCGUGCGUGCCUGCCUGUGCUCCUGCUGGAAGGGACUUUGGGGGCUGGGCUAAGGCGCCAGCGUUAAUGCCUGCGAGCCCCUGCCCACAACCUAAGGUGUCCCAGAGGCGGCAGCAGCGCAGCCCCAACACCGGCCCAGCGCUCUCCUGGGCCUCAUCAUCUCCUCACCAGCCGGCGGAGCCCUUCUCAGGGCUGGUGGCCUCUCCUGGGCCGCGGUGGACUGUGCGGUCCGAUGGUCGCAGGUCGGAGUUGGACCAGUGCCAGUGAGUCCAGAGUCCUGAGACUGCCCGCGACCUAAGAGCCAGGAUCACCCCUGCGGGCGCCUGUGUGCUCCUCGCUUCUCCUAAGCUGUUGCCAUCCUGCUCCACGUGCUCGCCAAAGACUCCACAGGAUGGAACCGAAUCAUCCAAACCCCAGCACCCUGCCUUGAGCCCAUGGUGGAGCAGGGCCUCAGUGACUGUGUGGUGACAGGCAGAAGCAGCGAGCCCUCAAGGUCAGUGCGGUUUCAGGGCCCGGGGGAAGGACGGCUUUGCUGGCUGUGAGCCCAAAGGGAAGAAGAUGAAGUUUUCCUGCCUGUCCUUCCGGCAGCCUUAUGCCGGUUUUGUCUUGAAUGGAGUCAAGACCCUGGAAACGCGGUGGCAUCCCCUGCUGAAGAGCCACCAGAACUGCACCAUUGCCAUCCACAUUGCUCAGAGGGACUGGGAAGACAGCUCCUGGAGGGAGCUGCUGGUGGAGAGGCUGCAGAUGAGCCCUGGGCAGAUCCAGGCCUUACUCUGGGAAGGGGAGAAGUUUGGCCGAGGAGUGAUAGCUGUUUCCCUGAGCAACACAGCUUUGGAGGAGCCGCAAGAGGCACUGGGCUGGGGGUCUGCGGGCCUGGCUGCACACAACCUUGGGCUCGUGGACAUCGGAGAAACGUUGCAGUACCCGGAAAACUUAGCUCCCGACGAGGUUGUGGAACUGGAAAAUCAAGCUGUUCUUACCAACCUGCGGCAGAAGUAUUUGACAGUGGUUUCGAACCCCAGGUGAUCUACCACACUAGGCCAGUGAUCCUUGGAAAUGAGCCCUGUGCAGUGGGAUUCAUCUGGGGGCGCUAGGAAGGCAUUCGAGAAACAGGUGACAGGAGUACUUUCUACUUUACCAUCAUUCUCUUCUUCCCCCGAGAGUAAGCUGAUGCAUCUUUUGGGCGGAUCUUGCUGAAUCCAUAGAGGUUCAGCUGGCGAAUGAAAUUCUUCAGGCUGUCAGUUUCAAAAAUCCUCUCUGCACCCCUCCGGCCAAGGACCUCUCUCUGGAAAAGGUCAGCCUCGAUGACCAUGAUGUCUCCUUCGCCACCCCAGCACACAGACCUGAAGGUGUCAUCCUCCACUAUUGCCCAAAGCUUUCUGGGGAAGGAGAGCCUGAGAAGGUUCUCAGUGCCUUCCUCGCUGGUCACCGGCCGCCUAGGUUCUUCUGGUGGCUGGCUCCUACCUUCUGGUGGCUGGCUCCUACCUUCUGGCGGCUGGCUCGGUUCUUCUGGCGGCUGGCUCUCUCGGGAGCCGGGAUCUUGGCUCAGGGCUCGGUCACCAUACGGGUCCAAACCCUGUCCUGAAUUCACCUUGGGAUCAGGUGAAGGAUGAGAUAGGGGCUUGCUCGCUGGCUCUUUGCUGACCAGCGAGGCCACCUGGACUGCAGAGUGCUCUUUGACACACUCACUGGCCAUGGCACUACACUAUCAGGAGCAUUUCCUACCCAAGACUGGUGUAGACUUCCUAGUGAGUCUAAAGUGCCUUCGUCCAGGGAAGAGGCUCUAUAAAUACAGUCCGAGAAGUUCUAGAGCCUCGUAGCAAGGCAACUAGGCACUGACAUCACCGUCCUCUUUAUUUGUCAUGCGAUGUCACAGAGCUGACAGGAAGCCAGGCUGGAGGGGGAGUGCUGGUGGAGGGGAGAGGAGGGGAGGGACAGCGGGGGGGGGGGGCAGCUUCCCUUUGCUCAAAGUGUACAAAGGUGUGGUUCACAUUUCUAGAGAAGUCUCCCUUAUGCUGACAGGCACAUUGUGUCACCUGCCAGCCUCUCCCUAGAAGAGAUGAGAAACCAAGACCCCAUAGCGGCUCCACUCCCAGAGACAGAGGAGGCCUGUUGCAAUCCUCUCUGAUUUGCUCAAAGACCAGUCCCCAGUUAGUUUGAGCCUGGGUAUUACUGAGCCAGGCCUGGUCAUGUGGGCUGCUGGGUGACCAUACCUCCGAGGUACGGUGGCCCAGCCUUUGGUGGGUAGCCCCCUGCUUUCCUCCCCCCUCCCCUGCCAUCUCCUCCCUACUUGGUAUCUUCCAACUGCUCCUGUGGGUUGCUAGGAUCUUCUCCCAUGGGCCCAAAUAAGGAGUGUGUUUCAUUGCCACUUGGUCAGGUUGUCCCAAACUAGGAGUAGAGCAGUGCCAAGCAGGGCGGGAGCACCUCUAGUGUUGAAGGAUCGGGUUCCUUCCCCCUGUUGUGUGGUUGGAGGGCAGCGUCUCAGCUGAGCUUGGGAGGCUCCUCUGGAGCUCGGCUUACUGCCAAGCGCAGAUGACGACAAAACUGCCCUUAGUUUCCACUGCUCCCCCCCCCCCGCUGCCCUUCUCAUUGCCCAACACGUGCACAAUCUUGAGGCCUGGUCCACAGAUGUUCCUAAAGAAAGUUGCUUCUCAUUUAGCUAGACAUGACAGAACCAUCCCAAACAGGCACCUGACCACGUGUUUUUGAAGAUUGCACCACUCUGAGCGUGUGGGUAGCAGUUAAAACCCCCAAAAGUCACCCUCCAUGACAGAUGAGGACACAAGGCUGGUUUUGGACAUCCAUGGGAGACAGUUUGUCCUUACAGUCACUGUACCGGGGGCAAGGGUUUACAGCGGAAGACACCUACCCCAGGCUGAGAGGCACUAGGGUCCUCAUCCCAAAGGACGUGGUCCCCUUUGUCCUGUCCAAGGCUCAGCCCAUUGUUUAUGUGCGGAGCACAAAGAGGGAUGGAAAGAAAUGCUACCCAGGGGCCCUUUCAGUCCAUGGGCUCUAAUGCCUCAUCAUGUCCCUGUGUCUGGAUUCAGUUCCCGUGGAGAAGAUGCUUUCAAACAAAAAGCAUUCACCCAAGGACUCAGUGUCACUCACACCUUAGCACGUGCACUUAGCGUCUGUACAAUAAAAUGGAGGUUGUGGGUCGUGUCAGUGAA